AUGCCACAAGUUACCUUUGUAAGUUCAGCCAAUUGGCACUUAGCGACGCCUUAUUAUUUGUUUCUUUCUUAUUAUGUUACUAGUGACCACUCUAGCUUCAUUAAGGAAAAUUCGAACUGGAGUUAUUUUGCAAACACUUGUCAAUCAAGAAUGGAUCGAAUUUCCUUCCGGGCACUGCCAAUUUUGAUCUUUCUUCUUUUACCAGCUGCAAAUUCUGAAUUACAAGAAGUGAAGGAUGCGCUAGUUCUGUUCAUGGAGAAACUUUCACCAGGUAAUGCCACAAGAGGUCAAAACUGGGGUUGGAACACAAGUUCAGACCCCUGCAAUGACAAAUGGGAAGGUGUAUCUUGUGAUGAUACAACACAGCAUUUUGUUAAAAGAAUUGUUCUUGAAGGAUUUAAUCUCAGUGGCAUUCUUGAUUCGAGUUCUGUCUGUACGGCAAAAUCUCUUGCAGUCUUGAGCCUGAAAGGCAACAAUAUUUCUGGAAUUUUACCAGAAGACAUUUCGAGUUGCAAACAGUUGACUCACCUCUUUUUAAGUGGGAAUCGAUUCACUGGAAAACUUCCAGAUUCUUUAUCACAGUUGAGUAAUUUGAAAAGGCUUGAAAUAGCCAACAACAGCUUCUCUGGCGAGCUUCCUGAUGUAGCUCGAAUUUCAGGCCUCAUAACCUUCUAUGUUGAGAAUAAUCAGCUUAGUGGAGGAAUACCAGAUUUUGAUUUUCUCAAUCUUCAGGAUUUCAGUGUCUCCAACAAUAACUUCAGUGGUCCAAUCCCUGAUGUCAAAGGCCGGUUCAAUGCUGACAGCUUUUCUGGUAAUCCUGGAUUAUGUGGAAAGCCACUAUCAAAUGCUUGCCCACCAACUUCCCCACCAGAGAAGAAGUCAAAAGGUUCAACUAAUGAUUUUCUUUUAUACUUAGGCUAUAUUAUCAUUGGCCUGCUUGUUUUGCUCUUCAUUACCUUGAGAUUAGUCAGGAAAAAGAAGUCAAAAGCAAAGACUGAUACUGUAAAGAAGGGGGUAGCACAGGAUACUGGUACCAAUAAGCCUAGUAGUACUUCAACUGGAUCAAAGACUGGUGAUAAUAGAUCAGAGUAUUCUAUUACAUCUGCAGAGGGUGGAAUUGCCAGAUCAUCGCUUGUAGUUUUAUCAAGUCCUGCAGUGAAUGGAUUGACAUUUGAAGAAUUGCUUCGAGCUCCAGCUGAAUUGCUUGGAAAGGGAAAACAUGGAAGUCUCUACAAGGUCAUGCUUGACAAUGGGGAGAUCAUGGCUGUGAAAAGGUUGAAAGAUUGGAGCAUUUCAAGUGAAGACUUCAAGAGAAGAAUGGAAAAAAUAGACCAAGUGAAGCAACCAAAUGUAUUGCCCCCGGUUGCAUAUUAUUGUUCUAAUCAAGAGAAGCUCUUGGUUUACGAAUAUCAGCCAAAUGGAAGUCUCUUCAAGCUUCUUCAUGAGUCCCCAAAUGACCAAUCAUUUGACUGGGGGAGCAGACUAGGAGUUGCAGCUGGAAUUGCACAAUCUCUCGCAUUCAUGCAUGAAAAACUUCAUGAAGAUGGAAUUGCGCAUGGUAACCUAAAAUCCACCAAUAUAUUGUUCAACAAGAACAUGGAUCCAUGUGUGAGCGAAUAUGGCCUAAUGGCAAUUGAGAAUCAAGGCCAAUCAUCAGCUGCUCAAUCCAGCAGCUUCAUGAGCGAUGUCUAUGGCUUUGGUGUGAUUCUUCUUGAGCUUCUAACAGGGAAGUUAGUCGAGAAUAACGGGUUUGAUUUGGCUAAAUGGGUGCACUCAGUGGUUAGAGAGGAAUGGACUGUUGAAGUUUUCGACAAAGCAUUGGUUUUAGAAGGUGCAAAUGAAGAGAGGAUGGUGAACUUGUUACAAGUAGCGUUAAAGUGUGUUAAUCCUUCUCCAAGUGAAAGGCCAAGCAUGAAUCAAAUUGCUGUAAUGAUCAAUGCAAUACAAGAGGAAGAAGAGAGAUCCGCAGGCUCGGAACCAUAAUUAGCCAAGCAAAUGACUACGGCAACAUGUUUGAUGUGAAAGAAUUUGCUGGGAAAUGCCUGUCAAUAAGUACCUUAAAAGAUGAUUAGUUUUUGAAGUUGUAGUAUUUAAUUAAUUGAGAAACAAUUCUUGCUUCAAAAUUCAUUAUUGAAUAGUUGUAACUUAUUCAUGUAUUC